UGCCAGUGAGCUCCACCCAAGGACAGAGGCAGAGGCAUGGCCCUGGGAGCAGACCUGAGUGAAACGCUAGUCGAGAAGCCUGAACAUAGGAAUUUAGAGGUGUCCAUGCUGGCUCCUUCCAAGAAAAAGCAGCCCCUAGACAAAAAGGCAGAAGACAAACAGCCCUCUGAGAGUCGGGGUAACAAUGGCAGGAGUUCCAAGUUCUCUCCCAUGGGCAAAGAGAACAUCUGGCCAAGUCGGGAGGCUAAGGUCCCCAGCCAGAAGCGAUCUGGGCAAAGCUGGGCUGUCUCCUCCUGCGGACCCCACAAGAGAAGCAGCAAGCUGGAGAAGAGGAAGAACAGACCAUCUUGCUCCAGAGAGAGAGGAAGGGACAAGCCGGGGUCCACCCACAAAAGAGAUUCCUCGCACACAAAACUGCAUGUAAAGGACCGAAGGUCCCAGCCAAGAUCUCCUGUGAGGACUCUGAAGCGCAGUCGCUCUGGAGACAGGCAAGGUGUCCCGUACAACUCUGCCAAGAGGCGCAGACAGACUUCUCCUCCAGAAACCAGCUCAUUACCAACAUUCUCGCUGCUUAUGUCCAGAGUCUUCACCAAUAUGGAUGCCUUGCAGGUGACCCUGGACGAUCUGCAAGUCCCCGGAGGUGCCUUCCUGCGUGUGCCCUCAAGCAGCACGGAGCCCAGUGUCUCACAGCGGGCCUGGCUCACUUGGCAACUGUCCCAUGCAGGAGCCGCACUGCACUGGGCGCUUCACACAGUCAAUUCCAUCUUGACUGCGUGAGCCAGCCUGCCCAGAUACACCUGGCCCCAAGGCUAUUCCUUCACUGCUGACCCUAGACCCGUGCCCACCUCCAAGAUCCAGGCCAGCCAGCUGGCUCAGAGACCAGGCGACUUGGCAUCUCCCAACCCUUCCGUGGAUGCGAGAAGCAUCCUGGGCUGAGCACAGCAGGCCAGAGAGACCAGAAGGCAGGNUUUGAGUCCAGUNAGCACCAAACNANCUNCAGACUCCGNAGGAACUCNACUUCAGAGCCCAGCGUCUCUCCAGUCAACGACACAGGNNGUGACUGUGAAGAAAACCUGGGAAGCCUCACUCGGGAACUUGGGAAACCUUUCAUAGAUGUGGACCCUUCUACCUUGCCCUUUAGGAGAAGUGUACCAUUUGAGAAACGACCGACUCUUAGAAUUCAAUCAGCCAGAGGAACUUGGGUAUCAUACAGACACCCUCCUCCCCUUUUGGACAGGGUCCCUUAUGCCAACUGAGGGUUAAACUGCCCAUGUAUGGCACAGGCCACCACAACACAUUGACUAGGAGGUGUCAAACUUCCGCCCUUGUGCAUGCUAGCAGUGCAGCUCCCCAGCCGCACAGCCCUUUCUAGGCUCGGGAAAGCCUGUGCUCCGUUCCUUCAGUUUGAACUGCAUUCUUUCUUUCUGCAGAGCACUCAAGCACUGCCUAGAACCCAGACUUUACCUCGGGUUAGCAAGCUGCACUAGGAACUCUCCAAACACACCUCACCGUUCAGUAGACUUACUCUCUGACACAGCCAAUCCAUUUAGUACUCUAAAUCUAUGACCUGAUUUUUAUCCACUUUUAAUUUCCGUCUUGGUCACAACCUGACUUGUAAUGCUUCAUCGUGGUUUUCACUAUUUUAAUAAAGUUUUAUUU